AAUUGCCAGUCCCACUAUCGCAUAUAAAAUAUGAUACCUAUACCAAACCUCCUCUGGGCCCUCCGGGUGUGGAUCAGAAUUUAACGAUUUUCAUCGGGAUUAUGACCGUGGAUGAAAAGAUAGAGAUUAGGGACUUAUUGCGCAAGUUGUAUACACAUCAAAACGACGUUCUGGCGCGGUAUCUUGGAGUCAAGAAAUCGCCUAUAUCUAUUAGGUUCAUCUCUGGACUGCCAAGGGACGAAUAUAAAGAUAAGCUGGAAGAAGAGUCUAAAAUAUACGGAGAUAUUGUUAUUUUGAAUAUCACAGAGAACAUGGACAAAGGAAAGACAUUUGAAUAUUUCAAAUGGUUUGCUAAAAAUAGGAAGGAUAACUAUAUGGCUAAAUUAGACGAUGACGCUUUCUUCCACCUUAUUCAUUUUUAUCGUGAUCUUCAAGACAUACCUAGAGAACGCGUGUACUAUGGCGAUACCGUCUUCGAUAAAUAUAUGGCAGGCGGAGGAUACACUCUUUCUCGCGACCUCGUAAUAGACAUUGUUGGAUUAGACUGGGCUAGUUCAAAUGUUAAAGGUCCUGAGGACUGGUUAGUGG